CGUAAGUUGCUUGAUCGAUUAAUUAAGAAAGAAACGUAAAGAUAGCGCGUUCUAUGAGAAAAUUUCAGAAAAUACCCCGUCGCCGCGUGGAUAUAUCCUCCGUGCUUAUCUUAUCUGACGAAUUGACACGAUGCCUCUCGUCACAGUUCGCCGUAGUUCUGUCCAGUUCUCUUCUUAAGCUCGUGGCCAGUUGAACGUAUCACGUGCAACUGCAUUCGAGUUUUAUUGCACAUCGGUUUACAUUAAUUUCGUAUUUCUCAUCAGUGCCACUCUAAAAGAGUCUUCAGUUCCGAUCGUCCUUGUCAUUCGGAAAUAAUUUUUUGCUGAACGUACAUGUAUACGUGCCUUCUUAAAUGAAGUGCUAUGCUUCGCUCAUGAUUGAAGAAAUUACAAGGAGUAGGAGUAGUACUGCCCCGGUGGAAAUAGAUUUUUUUACAGAACCUGAGGUUGAAUAUAAAGGGAAUAUAAACGGUGGAGCUGAUAUUCCACAAUUCCGAGGAGAUACCAACGCAAAUGUGGAAUAUCAGGAUUUUCCGGAAGAGCAAGUUUGGAGCCCUCGAGAAGGAAUCGACGAAUGGUUCCCGCAUUUCCUUUACGUUGGCCAGUCAUGUUUAACAUUCGCACAAGAACGUCAAGGCAUUCCCGUAUUAGAAGCUAUGGUGAAUGCAUGCACCGAUUACUCUCAACAGUACAUCACGAACGUUCUCCAUGAUUCUGACUACGUACCGGCUGUCGCGUGGACGACGUUGUUGAGCAAAGAACUACCGGAAAAAAUUUUCUCAAAAUGGAAGCCGGAGGAAAUUGAUCGCUUCGUUGACGGGAUACUCGAACAUGGGAAAAACUUCAUAACUAUGCAAAAGAAAUUAUUUCCGCAGAAAGAUGUGAAAGACAUCGUGGAAUUUUUUUAUGCAUGGGAAAUGACGAAUACGGCGAGAAAAUUGAGGAAACUUUGUCCCAAGGGCUGGCGAUGCACGACCAAACGGCGUCGAUCUAAAAUCAAACAACUCCUACGAUGUGAAUCUGUAAUCAAGCCCAAACAACGGCGUCGAUCGGAAAGCGAACAGCGUCGAGUCAAGGCGAAAGAACAUGUACGGGAAACCGUUGACCGUCAGGUUGAGAGCGAACAGCUAGAGACCGAACGGAAUCAGUCGCAGACGAAAUGCAAACGACGGCGUUGCACCAAAAGCGAUCAACGUCAACUUGAAAGCGUACAGUUGGGGACCGAACAGCGUGAGUCUACGGCAGGACAUCAACUCAAGACCAAGACCAAACGACGUAUAUCGUCGACAAGUCUGAAUGGCCCAUCGAUCUCUCGAGUCGUCACCCGAAGCAUGGCCAAUGCUUUGGCACUUUAUUCAGGGAGUGACAAACAAUCCCCGACGCAGUGCAUCAUAUGAUAUGUAUUAAUGUGAUCGUGAAGAGAAAACGUUCUCCUGUAACAAUUAUAGGAUAUGCAAUGAGUGAUGAAAAAAUAUUUGACGUAUUUCAGUCUUCAUUAUUGAAGACUUGAAUAUAAUUUAUGGUGAUGUGAUAUGAAUGACGAAUGAUGUGAUGAAUGAAAUGUUAUAUAGUGGUUA